AGUCAUUAAAUCUUGAUUAUUUUAUUUCUCUUCUUAGGUUUGAAAGAGAAAAUAGUGAAGAGAUUUGAAGUCUCCCCAGAUGGAUCCUUUUUGCUCAUAAGUGGCAUUGCUGGGUUUUCUCAUUUGCUCUCAAUGAAGACCAAAGAACUGAUUGGUAGCAUGAAGAUUAAUGGGAGAAUUUCAGCAUCCACAUUCUCUUCAGAUAGUAAAAGGAUAUAUACCUCUUCUGUGAAUGGAGAAGUUUAUGUGUGGGAUGUGAAUUCAAGGAAGUGUAUAAACAGAUUUCUUGAUGAAGGCAGUUUAUGUGGAUUAAGCAUUGCUGCAUCAAAGAACGGACAGUAUGUGGCUUGUGGUUCUAAGAGUGGAGUGGUAAACAUAUAUAAUCAAGACUCUUGCCUCCAACAAACAAACCCAAAGCCAAUAAAAGCUAUAAUGAACCUGGUUACUGGUGUUACUUCCUUGACCUUCAAUCCCACUACAGAAAUCUUGGCAGUGGCUUCAAGAAAAAUGAAAGAAGCUGUCAGAUUGGUUCAUCUUCCUUCCUGUACAGUAUUUUCUAACUUCCCGGUUUUUAAGAAGAGUGUUGUUUCUCGUGUUCAAACCAUGGAUUUUUCUCCCAGAAGUGGAUACUUUGCCUUGGGGAAUGAGCAAGGCAGGGCCCUGCUGUAUAGGUUGCAUCAUUACUCAGACUUCUAAAGAUUUCUUUUUUGAAAUCCAGUUGAAAAAGCCCAUUUCAGCACAUCUUCCCAGAAAUUUUCAAGUGUGUGUAAUAAUAACUUGUGAAAUCUACUUAAAUUAGCAGCAAUGUCUUAAUAAAUGUAUAACUUUUGUUUGAAAA